CAGCUGAACCUUUUUUUGCUGAAAAUAUGGCAAGCAUGGAUGUGCUGUCAACCAGGUUUUUCAUCUAUGAUCAAUUUUACAGUCAUGAGUUGCGGAAGCAAAGCUUUGCAGACUGGCCAUUUAGAGAUGAAUGCAAAUGCACACCUGAAAAGAUGGCCAAGGCUGGGUUUGUCCACUGUCCUAGUGAGAAUGAACCUGAUGUUGCCUGCUGCUUCUUCUGUCUGAUUGAGCUGGAGGGCUGGGAACCAGAUGAUGAUCCUUGGCGUGAGCAUGUAAAGCGGUCUCCCACAUGUGGAUUUUUUUCCAUGAGAACAGACUUCACUGAGCUCACUGUGUCAGAGUUCUAUCACCUGGAAAAAGAGAGGUUAAAGAUCUACAUUAGGAAGGUUUGUCAGAAGAAGAUGGCCUGUAUGCGUGAUUACAUAGAUCAUAUUCUUGAGGGCCUUAAAUCUCAAUUGGACUUGAAAUGAUUCUGCAUAUUUUUUCAUUUGUCUACUUUAAUUUCUCUUCUAAUCUUGAUGGUGCAGCAAGCAUCCAUUAUCUCUGGUUUUAACACAAUAGUUCUUAGAUCAAUAAAGUUUUGAGAAA